AUGUCUUCUACAGAGCUGAUCGAUCUUGCGGCAAACCAGUCAAUCACCAUUACCUCGCCAUCCUAUCCAGGCAACUACCAGAACAACCUGGACAUCGAAUGGUUUAUCCAAACAGCGGAGGACUUUAGAAUCCUCCUCAGUUUCCACGCUUUCAACACGGAGAGUGGCAAUGAUUAUCUGGUGGUUGGCAAUGGCCGCGACUCUACUGACUCCUCCACUUGGGUGAUUUUGGGGAGUGGGAGCAGUCUCCCGCCUGAUACGCUGUCAACCGGCAAUGCCAUGUGGCUGAGGUUCACAUCUGAUGGUGUGAUUACCAAAAGUGGGUUUUCUCUAUCAGCUCGAAGCGUUGAAUCACUUGGUAAGAGCACGUUGAAUGAAGUUAAACAUUGA